GUUGGCUUUAACUAUAGGGCAUUCAAUAAAUCUGAGAGUCUGAACACAGGCUGUUCUGGCACUCCACAGAGAAAAAUAAAGGAUUCAAGAAGAAGAAGACAAAAUGGCAGAAUCUUCAUCAACACAAUCGGGGGAAGUAGGAAAUAACAGCACGGAGGAACUACCUCUGCCUUCAAGUGACUCCAGCGGUCUCCUGUCUGAAGAGCAGUGCCAGUGUUCUGUCUGUAUGGAUGUGUUCACCGAUCCAGUCACGACUCCGUGUGGACACAACUUCUGCAGAACCUGUCUCACAAAUUACUGGGACAGCAAUCAACAAUGUUGCUGUCCAUUAUGUAAAGAAGAAUUCCCCAAGAGACCAGAACUCCAGAUCAACACAACACUGACAGAAGCUGUAGGACACUUCAAGAAGAAAAGUCGUCCUGACCAGCCUGAGAUUCUUUGUGACGUCUGCACUGGAGUGAAACUGAAGGCCCUGAAAUCCUGUUUGGACUGCGGCGUGACUUUCUGUAAGACUCAUUUAGAGUCGCAUGCAGUUGCAAAACUGAAGAAACACAUAUUAAUCAACCCAGUGAAGAGUCUGGAGGACUACAUUUGCCAGAAGCAUGAGAGACCUCUGCUGAUGUUCUGUAGAGACGAACAGAUGUAUGUGUGUCAGUUCUGCACUGAGACAGACCACAAGACUCACAACACUGUUCCUAUGGAGGAGGAGAGUGGAGAGAGGAAGAUGCAACUGGUGAAGACACAGAUGGAGCUGCAGCAGGUGGUCCAGUUGAAAAUGAAGAAGAUCGAAGAGAUCAAGCUGUCAGUAGAGCUACGGAAAAAGAACACAGAGAAAGAGAUUGCAGACAGUGUUGAGGUCUUUACUGCCCUGAUGCGCUCCAUUGAAAGAAGCCAGGCUGAGUUGCUUAAGGUGAUGGAGGAGAAGCAGAGCGCAGCUGAGAUGCAGGCUGAAGACCUCAUUAAAGAGCUGGAGCAGGAGAUCACUGAGUUAAAGAGGACAGACAAUGAGCUGGAGCAGCUCUCACACACUGAGGACCACCUUCACCUCAUACAGAUUUGCUCUUCCCUGCGCAGUCCUCCAAACAAGAAGAACUGGACCAGCAUCCACAUCGACACUCAUGUGAGUGCGGAGCCGGUGAGAAAAACUCUGUCUCAGCUUCAGAAGACUCUAAACGAGAAACUGUAUGACUCAGAGCUGAAGAGGAUUCAGCAGUAUGCAGUGGAUGUGACUCUGAAUCCUGAUACAGCUCAUCCCAAACUCAGCCUGUCUGAGAAUGGAAAACAAGUGACUUGUGGAGACAAAACACACAACCUCCCUGACAACCCAAAGAGAUUCACCUACUACAUCAUGGUGCUGGGAAAGGAGGGAUUCUCCUCAGGAAGGUUUUAUUAUGAAGUGCAUGUGAAUGGAAAGACUGAGUGGAGUUUAGGAGUUGCCAAAGGGUCCAUCAAUAGAAAAGGGGCGAUUACACUGAGCCCUAAGAAUGGGUUCUGGACCGUGAUUCUGACCAACAAUAAGGAGUACAAGGCUGGUACUUAUCCCUCAGUCACCCUCUCCCUCAGAGAAAAGCCCCAGAAAGUGGGGGUGUUUGUGGAUUAUGAGGAAGGCCUGGUCUCCUUUUAUGAUGUGCAGGCCAGGUCUCGCAUCUACUCUUUCACUGGUCAGUGUUUCACUGAGAAACUCUAUCCAUACUUUUGCCCUGGUGUAAAUGAUAAGAAUAACUCAGCUCCACUGAUCAUCUCAGCCAUAACAAAGACUGAAUGAAAUUCAAAUUGGAAUCAGAACAACGGAAAGAAAAAGUCUUAGUGGAAAAUGACGUCAGGUGCAUUUCUGAAAACUUUGCAAUGCUAAGUACUUUGUUAACUAAUAUGUUAUUUGUUAUGUAUACAGUAUUCCUUAGUGAAGCAUUGUAUGUCACAGCCUCAGUGGUCUGACAGAAGUGAUUUUAUAUUUUCAUGUCUUCCUUCAUCAAUGUUCUCUUAAUACAACACCCGUUAUGCAUUGGGCAAAUACUUCAAACAACCACGUGGAAUCCCUGCAGUUCUAAUCCUGACUUAUAGCCUAGCAAGUGAUCUAUAGAUAAUGGGUAGCUAGCAUUAGUGCAACACUGGUAAUCAAACAAAAUCUUGAAUGUCCUUUAGCUUUAAGCUUGUUGUUGAUCUGAUGGGUCAUUUCUGCCAUUCUCUGCAUAUAACUAAAGUAGGCCUAUAACAUCAUUGCUUGUAAAUGACUAGUUACUCAACAAAUGCAUAUAAUUAAAGGAAUCUGAGUCUAUGGUUGUGUUUACUGAAUUAAAGUGAACUGGCUACUUGAGGAGUG